AUGAUUACCACUUUAAGGUACUCUGAAGGUUUUUUCAGAAAUUUAUCAGGCUAUAUCGGCCAAAGUGCUCCAAUAAGACCUCAGCCUACCCAUCUACCUCCUCCCCAGGUAUCCCAGCCUGCCCCUGUAGUCCAAGUACAAGAGCAACAACCAGAAUUAAACCCAGAACCCAAACAUUUCAAGAAUGAAGACCUUUAUCUUGACUAUGAAGACAAACCCGCAAGAUCUCAAGCUCCUCUAUCAAAAUCAGCAACUGGCUUAAGCUACAAUAAAAGAGAAUGGAUUUUACGUCAAAGGCAAGAUUUAUCUGAAGAAAUUAACAAGGCAAAAUCUAGAGUUGAUGAAGAAAACGCAAGAAGAGACCAAAUUCUGAAGCAGGAGCAGGAGAAAAUUAACGAAGUAUAUGCUGCCCAAAGAAAGCUUGAAGAUCUAAUGAGAGAACAGAGCUCAAGGCUAUUUAAGUAA